CUUUUCCGUAGACAUCGAAAAGGAGCGGGCACUACAUUUCCCGUCAUGCCUCUGUGAGAAAGGCGCAGAGCGCACUAAAUACUGGGAUUUGUGGUUUCUUCCGGCUGCGCAUGUCUGCACCAACGCCGUAGAAGGAACUACGCUUCCCAUGACGCACAGCGAGGAGGGCGGGCAGAGGCGCGGGGGCGUGCCAGCGGCUGCCGGCAGCGUGGUAGUGUUUGUGUGCAUCAGGAGGCAGCCGAGGAUACCGCAUCAGCGCUCGCCAUGUCCGUACAGCUGGUCACCGCGAAGAUGGCAGAUGUGGAGCUGAAGGAGGACAAGUCAAAUGACGGGGCUCCGCUGGUCUCGGCUGCCAAUGCCGAACCCGACAACAACUCCUCCACCCCGCCGCUCAGCCAGCCGACGAAGGGGCUUCCCGCCUCGGCUCUGAAGAGAAGCGACCAGGCGCAGCGCCCGAGAGAGGGCGGAGAGGGCGCAGGGAGCCCGGAGGGCGCAAUCAGUGAGGCUCCUCGUACCGUCAAGAAGCAGAUCCAGUUUGCAGAUCAGAAGAGGGAGUUUAACAAACGCCCCACAAAGAUAGGGCGCCGCUCCUUGUCUCGUUCCAUAUCCCAAUCAUCAACGGAUAGCUACAGCUCUGCUGCUUCCUACACAGACAGCUCAGAUGAUGAGACUUCUCCGCGGGACAAGCAACAGAAGAACUCCAAGGGUAGCGGUGACUUUUGUGUGAAGAACAUCAAGCAGGCCGAAUUUGGGAGGCGUGAGAUCGAAAUUGCAGAGCAAGAGAUGCCUGCGCUGAUGGCAUUACGCAAGAGAGCACAAGGAGAAAAACCAUUGGCAGGAGCCAAGAUUGUCGGUUGUACUCACAUAACCGCACAGACUGCGGUUCUAAUUGAGACUUUGGGGGCAUUGGGAGCUCAAUGUAGAUGGGCUGCCUGUAAUAUCUACUCUACUCUAAAUGAAGUGGCUGCUGCCCUGGCUGAGAGUGGUGUUCCAGUGUUCUCUUGGAAAGGAGAAUCUGAAGAUGACUUUUGGUGGUGUAUUGAUCGCUGUGUGAAUGUGGAAGGCUGGCAGCCUAACAUGAUACUGGAUGAUGGUGGGGAUCUGACGCAUUGGAUAUACAAGAAGUAUCCAAACAUGUUUAAAAAGAUUAAAGGCAUAGUGGAGGAAAGUGUUACCGGUGUACAUCGCUUGUACCAGUUGUCUAAAGCCGGAAAGCUGUGUGUUCCUGCCAUGAAUGUUAAUGAUUCUGUUACCAAACAGAAGUUUGACAAUUUGUACUGCUGUCGGGAGUCCAUCCUAGAUGGUCUUAAAAGGACAACAGACAUGAUGUUUGGAGGGAAGCAGGUGGUGGUGUGUGGCUAUGGCGAGGUGGGUAAAGGAUGUUGUGCAGCCCUUAAGGCCAUGGGCUCCAUUGUCUAUGUGACUGAAAUUGAUCCAAUCUGUGCACUUCAAGCAUGUAUGGAUGGCUUUAGGCUUGUGAAGUUGAAUGAGGUCAUCAGACAGGUGGAUAUUGUCAUCACCUGCACAGGUAACAAGAAUGUGGUGACCAGAGAGCAUCUAGAUCGUAUGAAGAAUGGCUGUAUUGUCUGCAAUAUGGGGCAUUCCAACACUGAAAUAGACGUGGCAAGUCUGCGCACUCCUGAGCUGACAUGGGAGCGAGUUAGGUCUCAGGUUGAUCAUGUUAUUUGGCCUGAUGGGAAAAGGAUCGUUCUUUUGGCAGAGGGACGUCUCCUUAACCUGAGCUGUUCUACUGUCCCAACAUUUGUUCUAUCUAUUACUGCGACCACACAGGCAUUGGCUCUGAUUGAACUCUACAAUGCCCCAGAGGGUCGCUAUAAACAGGAUGUCUACCUGUUGCCUAAGAAGAUGGAUGAAUAUGUGGCCAGCCUUCAUCUUCCCACUUUUGAUGCCCACCUCACUGAGCUAUCAGAUGAGCAGGCCAAGUAUCUGGGUCUGAACAAGAAUGGACCUUUCAAACCAAAUUACUACAGAGAGCACAGUGUUGAGACCCAACUUGAAGGUCGUGCUUCUCCUGUGGACUUUGAGGAUGAAUAA